UGCAAGAUGCGUGCGUUAGUUUGUGUUAUACUCAUCGCUCUAGUAUACGGCACUGAAGGUGCUCCUCAUAUCGUCGGUGGUAAGGAUGCUCCAAUCGGCAAAUUUCCAUAUCAAGUCUCAUUGAAAUAUGAGGGUAACCACAGAUGCGGUGGAUCUAUUAUUGGUAGAUUUACCAUAUUAACCGCAGCGCAUUGUGUUGACGGUUUGGAAGAUUCGCUGGAUAAACUAAAGGUCCAUGGUGGCACAAACUUUUUAGACGUACCAGGAGAUGUUCAUGAUGUAGAAACUGUAAUCGUCCACAGUGAUUACGACAGCUAUUUACUCAUUAAUGACAUCGCUUUGGUUCACCUUAAAAAACCUAUCUCGUACAACGGACUAGAGCAACCUAUACCUCUUUAUUCAGCCGGUGGAGGAUUUGAUGGCAGGGUCUGCACAUUAUCCGGAUGGGGAACUACUUGGCUUGGUGGAAAUACUCCAAAUAACUUACAAGAAAUUGACUUAAUAAUUUAUCCGCUGAAAGAUUGCGCGAGAGAAAAUUGGAGAGUGACAGAUAGUCAUAUCUGCACUUUGACUAUAACAGGAGAAGGAGCAUGCCAUGGUGAUUCUGGUGGACCAUUGGUAAUUGAUGGAGCUCAAAUUGGAAUUGUUUCUUUUGGUAAUCCUUGCGCGCGUGGAUACCCAGACGUUUACACAAGAGUUAUCAAUUUCAUGCCUUGGAUCGAUUCAAACAUGAAGAGAUUCUGCAAGAUGCGUGCGUUAGUUUGUUUUAUACUCGUCGCUCUAGUAUACGGCACUGAAGGUGCUCCUCAUAUCAUCGGCGGUAAGGAUGCUCCAGUCGGCAAAUUUCCGUAUCAAAUAUCAUUAAAAUAUUUUGGUAGCCACAGAUGCGGUGGAUCUAUUAUUGAUAAUCGUAACAUAUUAACCGCAGCGCAUUGUGUUGACGGUUUGGAAGAUUCGGUGGAUAAUUUAAAGGUUCAUGUUGGCACAAACCUUUUGAAUGUACCAGGAGAUGUUUAUAAUGUAGAAAGUGUAAGCGUCAACAGUAAUUACGAUGGCUAUUUGCUCAUUAAUGACGUUGCUUUGGUUCAUCUUAAAAACCCUAUUACGUACAACAAACUAGUGCAACCGAUAAAUCUUACAACAUCCGAUGCAGGACUCGAAGGCAAGCCAUGUACAUUAUCCGGAUGGGGAACUACUUGGCUUGGUGGAAGUACUCCAAAUAAAUUGCAAGAAAUUGAGUUAAUAGUAUAUCCUCACAAAGAUUGCAAGAGAUCAGAUUCGAAAGUAACAGAUAGUCAUAUCUGUACUUUGACUAAAACAGGACAAGGAGCAUGCCAUGGUGAUUCUGGUGGACCAUUGGUGGCCAAUGGAGCUCAAAUUGGAAUUGUUUCCUAUGGUGUUCCCUGCGCAGUUGGAUUUCCAGACGUUUACACAAGAGUUUCCAGUUUCAUAUCUUGGAUUAAUGCACAUUUGAAGAAAUAAAGAAUAUUUAAUUU